UAGGGCUCUAGCGGCGCCCGGGAGGAUGUGUUGCCGAGCCGGCGAGAGCAGCGGCAUUGCCUUGCGCGCACUGAGCGGCUUGGUCGAGGAGGAGGAGAUCCGCAAGCGGCGCGCUUCUUGCGCGGAAUUCGAUCGUCCUGUCUCGGCUGGAGUCGUGGUUCACGAUAAUCUCCUCUACGAUGACUCCAGCGCGGAUUGCAAGAGGAAGCCGGCCACAGCGCUGGAAGCCGCAGCGGUGGAGGCCAACCGAGCGGCAGCGGCAGAUUCCAUCACGCUGCUGUGCGAAGAAGUGAGCCGGCUUUUCACGCAGUACAAUGCGGCCUUCAAGUGUGCCAGCCCUGGGGACAAGCACAGCGAUCAACUAAGGUUGAGGCUCUACGGCUUGCUGAGGUGCGUUGAUUCCACCAGCGAUAGCAAGGUCUUGGAUGGAGAUAUUCCUGCUCUGGGCUAGGAUGGUUUUCUCGUCUUAAUCUUGCUUGGGUCUUCGUCUUUGUGAGAAAGUAACUUGGUGGGAGAGCUCUUUUCUUUGUUUAAUUUUUUUCUACGUUUCGGUGAGGGAUUCCAAUAAGACAGGGUGUGGCAUCGCAGCAGCAGCCUGAAUUUUUGAGUCAGUGCACAAGAACAAAACGAGAAGGAAGAGAGAAGAGUGAGAGCAGCGGGGUGGGGAUAACUGUAAAUUACUGCAGCUUGCUGGGCUCUGGCUGUUUUUCUUCCUUACUAUAAGCAAAUGGACAAUUUGCUAGUCUGCUUUUUCACUCUAGUGCGCUACUUCCAAAGGGAAGGCGGUUUGGUAAUGCUUUGCUUUCCUGGGUCUCUACGACUUUGUGGGCUUUUGUAUCAAAGACCAUCUGAUCUGACAGAAAGAAAAGGCUGCAAAGAUGUUCCUGUUUAAGCAGGAGAGCCGAGUGAAUCAGCCACUUUGUCUUUUGAUAUCAGUCAGCGAGCUGCCCUGCCUGUAAAGUCUUUCUGCGUCACCUUGAUGCUCGUGCUCAUUGCCAGCCAGCAGUGGCAUUCAUUCUACCACUCACCGUCUACUACUACCCCGAGUAUUAUAUAAUGCAUUCUUUUUACACUCUGA